ACGUAUAAUAAUUCAGAUAAGUAAAAAUUGGCUUAAUUAAUAUAAUACACUGUGAAAACUUUCAUAAGGGCAUUUGUCUAUAGGAUUGGAUCAUGCCCUAUACAUCUGCUAUUGUGUUUAUGUAAGAAAUGAACCAAUAUAAACACUUAUACAACACUGGUUUAAGGAUUUUAUUCUAUACAUAAAAAAGUAUCAAAGAAUUAAAUAGUAUUGUUCCACAACAACCCAUCUAGGCUUGGUAAUUUAAGGUUGACUUGUACGAGAUUUAAACUCGAUAAGGCCUUUGUUUUGCACUCAAAACACACUUAUAUUAAACAAUUAAAAAUAAAUCAAUUAAAACACAAGCCAUAGUUCACUUUCCAAAAACUCCCAUCUUCAAAACAACACUAUAAAAUAGAGCCACCUAGAAAGCUCCUAAAGACCUAAACCAUCACUUAGCCAAAAAAAUCCUCCCCCCCCCCCCCCCCUCCUCUCUCUACAUUCUUUAGCAAAUCCUCUCUCCCUCUAAAAGCAAUAAACCAAUGGCUAGCACAACUCUUCUGAAAUUAGCUAGCGCAAUUUUCAUGUGCAUGAUGGUGGCGGCGCCGCAUGCUGAGGCAGCCAUGAACUGUGGCAUGGUGUCCACAAACAUCGGCAAAUGCAUCCCUUACCUAACAGGCAAGGUAAUAUCACCACCCACUGCUUGUUGCGCCGGCAUCAAGACCCUCAACAGCAAAGCUUCAACCCCAACAGACAGGAAGACUGUCUGUGGCUGCCUAAAAACAGCUGCUACUGCAAUGAAGACCUUAGACUUCGGCAAGGCAGCCGGACUCCCUGGAAGAUGUAAUGUCAGAAUUCCCUUUGCCAUUAGCCCCAAGACAGACUGCUCCAGGGUCAAGUAGAAGGGUGAUUUUUCAGUAAAAAGACAUAUCGAGCUCGUAGCAGGAAGCAUGAACAAUAAAAUAGGGUCUCCAAGAGUUCAAGAGACUCCAUUCAACAAGCUUUCUUUACUAAAAUGUCAUGCAUAUUUGCAACUUUUUUUUUUUUUUUUGAGACUCAUGCAUCUUUGCACCUAAUUACUGCUCAUAUGUUACUAGACUUACUACAAUAAUACUACUAUCACCAAAGAGAUUGUAUGCUACCUCUUACUAUAUAAAAGACUAGUGUCCUUUCUGUCAGCGUAAACUGCAAGAGAAUGUGAUAGGGAUCUUGGUUCAAUAUGGUUCAUUGCUUUGAUUUCCAUCCUAAAAAACAGAUACAUUACUCAAAAUUCUUCACUUUGAUACAAAGAACAACAUAUACAGUUCUCCAAAAUUUUAAAGUUCAUUCAUAUAUGGAUGAAUUGAUAGACUACACAACAGCAGGGAUGUAAAUAAAAAUAACAUUUGUGGCCAGAAAUAAGAGACUAAGGCGGUAAAAUUGGGUUUCAGUGGCCUCUUUGACGUUAGACUCCAAGCUAAGCAUACUAGUAUUACACUACAAUCUAUCUAGAAUGGAAAUGUACCCUUGUCCAGAUUGAGUAUGAAGUAGAUAUAUAUCGUAACUGAAAUUCUAUAUUCACUGGCCUGGUUUGCUUGACCAUAAUUUUUCCAUUACCAUAGCAAAAACGAACAUAACUCAAAACGUACAAACCUUAGUCCACAGAUAACUUAAGGCUAUAAGAAGCGGACAUCUACACAUUGGAUAGACUAAGUUUUUUUUCCAUAUAAUAAAAGAAAACAAUAAUAAUAAGAACUUGGAACUUGACAUUGAUGCAGAAGGUGUAUCAUCAUUUAUAAUGCAUUGAAGUCUUAAAAGACUGAAUCACAUGAACCAACUGGGACCGCCAUAAUGUUAGAUGCUCUUGCAUGUAAAGAAAAUGGAAUGGUCCAAUAAAUACUUCACACAGAAAACUUAAAGAGACAUAUCUCAGCUCAUCAGCUACUAAGCCUACUAUAAUAAAUUAAAUAGAAAUUUUCGUUUUAACUAUUGUAUGUAACAAUUGACAGCUGAUGGUAAGCAAACCUUUCUAAGCUUAGGAUAGUCCAAACACAAAUUUGAUUGAAGUUUGAAUGAAACAUCAAUUUGAAUUUUUGAAACUGAAAUAAGUCAAAAUGUUAGAGGUUGGAUUUGUGUGGGAAUGUUUUAAAUGGUAAUUAGGCUUAAUAUUCCAAUGUUUUACAAGUAUCCAAUUUUGACAAUAAGCUACUCCGAUCCCUCCGUUCCCCGACCUUGUAAGAUAGUUAUAUUCACCAUUUUGGGCAUUCCAAUUUGUUGGUUACGUUUCAAUUUCUACCUAGAUUAAUAUAAUUGUUUCAUACAUUUUCAAUUCUCUCAUACAUACCCAUUUUCUAUGCACGCAACUAUUCCAUUUUACCAAAAUCUAUAACUACACCCAAAGCAACUAUUUCUAUUUAAUGUAAAGAUUUUUUCCGUAUAUGACAUUAAGGGUGCGUUCUAUUCACCUGAUUUAUACUUAUCUGAACUUGUCUUAACUUGUUUGAAUUUAUCUAAACUUUUUGACAAAUUGAACUUAGGUAGCGCUAAUUAACUCUUACUCUAUACUUAUUAACCCUUAUAUGAACUUAUGCGAACUUAUUUUUCCAGAAAUAAGUGGAAAUAAGGUGAACAAAACUGGGCCUAAGUCAUUGUUUUCCACUAUCUUAUUUUCCUUAAUGAAUGCAUAAAAUCACCAAACGUAACGAAGGGAGUUCAACAUUACCUUUUUGUCUCUAGAUUGAAACCUCAUCUGAUCCAAAAUCUUAUCCAACUUAAAUUUUUUUCCUCUAGUGUCAUUUUAUUCAGCACAAAUUUUUAUACAUGGCUCACCACACCGUGUGCCCCCUAUAAGUAACUCCCAAUUGAGUAACCCCUAUAAGUAACCUCUCACUGAGUGAAGUUCCCGUGAAUGAGUAACCUUUAUAAGUAACUCAUGACCAACUGAUUAACCCCUAAAUAAGUAACUCCGACCUUAGAAAAAACACCGUUUAUUCAAAUUUCAUUGGUUAAACUAGGAUAUUUUUUUUUGGAUGUUUAUCAUUUUGUUUUUGGACAAUGAUAUAUUAUACCCUUAAGGAAAAGAUUUCCUACAAUAGAAUAAAGUUGAAAAUUUGAGAUAAAAUCACGCGUAAAUCAGUGUAAUUAAUACAUUCAAAAUUAGAAAUGUGAAAAGGAAAUUACUCCCAUUAAUCUGAACUUUGCCUCGUCCGCCGAAAAUAAUCCCAACUUUCGUUUAUUAUCUAUUGCACCCAACUUUAGGGGGUAUUAAUUUUCGUUGCACCCAACAGGUCAUCUAACCUGAUGUAGCAGGUUACCUAGCCACGUGUUAGCGUAUGAUUGGCUUAAAUUUAUUUAUU